AUGGCUUCCAACGGGAACAUGUUGGCCAUGGUCAUGGCGUGCGCGCUCCUCCUCGCCGGCACCACCUGCCACGCCGCUCGCCACCUGGCCGACACGACCCCGGCAGCUGCCGCUCCGGCAGCCAGCGCCGUCCCCGCCCUCCCGGCAGUGCCGACCCUGCCUGCCGUGCCCACAGAUACGGUCACCCUGAUGCCGCCCAUGCCGUCGGUCACCCUGCCAACCGUGCCGCAAGUGACGCUGCCGCCCAUGCCGUCCAUUGUCGUGCCUAAGGCAGUACUGCCGCCCAUGCCCAAGGUGACCAUGGCGCCGAUGCCCGCCAUCGUCGUCCCCAAGGUGACGCUGCCGACGAUUCCCACAAUUGUUGUGCCCAAGGUGACCAUGGCGCCUAUGCCCUCCAUCGUUGUGCCCAAGGUGACUCUGCCGCCGAUGCCAUUCGUCCCGAAUGUGAACAUGCCUAUGCCGUUCGCGGCGCCUCCCCCGUCAGCGUAG